UCCUAAGCCUGCUGAUUCUGAAUUAUGUAAUUUUAUAGGUUAUGCAUAACUGUGUUUAUCAUAUAGUGUCUUCUUGCUGAAAAGGAAGACGAACUAUGAGACAGACAAAUCAGACACAGGUAACAGAAUUCCUCCUUCUGGGACUCUCUGAUGACUGGCACACACAGAAGGUGCUUUUCAUCUUAUUCCUGGGUGUCUAUCUGGCCACUGUGCUUGGAAAUCUGCUGCUUAUGUUCCUUGUUCAGAUUGACUCUAGGCUUCACACACCCAUGUAUUUUUUUCUCUGCAAUUUGUCUCUGGCUGACUUCUGUUUCUCUACCAACAUAGUUCCUCAGGCCCUAGCCCACCUGCUUUCUGGAAAGAAGGUUAUUUCAUUCACACGUUGUGCAGCUCAGCUUCUGCUCUUCCUCAUUUUUGGAUGUACGCAGUGUGCUCUUCUGGCAGUGAUGUCCUAUGACAGGUAUCUGGCAAUCUGUAACCCUUUGCAUUACCACAGCAUCAUGACCUGGAGAGUCUGUGUCCUGCUGGCCACAGGAUCAUGGACCAUUGGUAUUUUAGUGUCUGUGGUAGACUCCAUUUUUAUACUAAGUCUACCCUACCAAGGCAGUAACAGUAUUGCUCAUUUCUUUUGUGAGGCCCCUGCACUGUUGAUCCUGGCAUCCACAGACACUCGUACUUCAGAGAUGGCCAUUUUCCUCAUGGGGAUUGUGAUUCUCCUCAUACCUGUUUCCCUAAUUCUUGUGUCCUAUGGCCACAUCAUAGUGACAGUGCUCAAGAUGAAAUCAGCUGCAGGAAGGCACAAGGCAUUUUCUACCUGUGGCUCUCAUCUCAUGGUGGUCGUCCUUUUUUAUGGGUCAGGAAUUAUUACCUAUAUGACACCCAAGUCUUCCAAAGAGCAGGAGAAACUGGUGUCUGUUUUCUAUGCAAUGGUGACUCCUAUGCUUAAUCCUCUCAUCUACAGCCUGAGGAACAAGGAUGUGAAAGGAGCUCUGGGAAAAGUAGCCACAAGGAAUUUCCCAUGUAGGCUUGGAAUUACCCAUCUGACUCAGAGAUGCUUUUGACUUCCUACAUGUAAGACUU